ACAUUGGCGUUACAGUCAUACAGUCAUUAUAUCUUUCAUACAAUUUUGCGUGACAAUUUUGUCAAAAGUUCUUCCCCACACCGACAUCAUCCGUCAACAUUCGGCGCAUCCUCUCAGUAUACCCCACGUCUUCAUCGCCCGCCGUCGGUUUGACGACCCCCGGCCGUCGGUUUGAGAGCCUCUGGCGACUCUGCGUACAAUCGAUGCGUCGUAGCCGACGACCGCUCGGGGCGGUGCGACGUUUGGUCGUCAGUAGUGGUGGAGCCGUGGAGGGGGAGACUUCGCCCGGCACGGCGGCUGGCACAAAGGUACGACUGUGCGGGCGGACGGAGACGCUUCUUGAGUCAGCCUCUGCGGCCAGCCGGCUGGCUGGAUCACUGUGACGUCACAGCUAGCGGCGAUGACGUCACAUAGCCGGCGGCGGCGGCGGCGGUGACGUCACGAGCGCCGAGGUUCAACGCUCGGGCGCCGGGCGGCGGCGGCGGCGGCCGGCGGGCUCGCUACGUCCAGUCCCGUCCGCUGUGGCGGCAGGCGGCAGUCCGCGCUCAGCCUCCAGGAAGAGAGGUCCGCGUUGGUGCAGUGACUCCUCCAUAAUGGAGGCCAGUGCGCGACUCUUCUCCAAACCGCGGGUGGUGUCGGGAUUGGUGACUAUGACGCCUGUGGUGGUGGUGGUGUUGGUGCUGAGUGGUGCAGCGCUCGCCCAGGAUGGGGUGGAAACCCGCAGUGUGCUACCGUUCGAACCAGUGAGGUAUUCAUCACCGAAACUGAACGCCAGUUACCGGUCUUCGGAUGAGUUCGACCCCAAGGGCAUGGAGCAUCUCUACUAUGUGACGAAUUUCUUCCUGGAUCUCAUUCAGCGAGACGACAGUGCAGCGCUGGAUCGCCAUCAGCUCGAGGUAGCGCACAAGGCCAACAACCUGACUGAGACGUUCGUCCAGCUGGGUCUGCGCGACUGGCCCACCCUGCUGAAUCAUCACCUGGGGUUCGCCAUUCUAGCCGCACUGGGUAUCCUGGUGGCGGUGCUCACACCGUUUGUUGGAAUGAUUGUCUGCUGCUGUCGGUGCGCUGGACGCUGCGGGGGCCGAACAGACCCCUACGAAAAGAAACGGGACAAAUGCAAACGGAUAUGUAACGGCGUGUUCCUGAGUCUGCUGGUUCUGCUAGUGCUGUUCGGUCUGGUGGCGUCGUUCGUUGUGAACGAGUACAUUGAACAGGGUGUGAAGGAGGUUCCGUCCCGGCUGAACCUGGCUGUGGACGACGUGGAACUCUAUGCCCAGAACACCAAGAAGGAGGUAAACCAUCUGCUGCGGGACAACUACCGGGAACUACAGUCCGUGCUCGACGAGUCGCUAGACAAGUGCGGUGACCGGGUCAAGGCCAAGCUUGCCAACAUCUCUCGCGCGGUGGCAGUGGACGACCUCACCGUUAUAGCUGAGGGGCUUAAAGAUAUUCGACAGGAUCUCAAUAGUAUCGCCAGUCAGACGCAGCGGCUGCAGGAGCGUGCCGACCAGCUGCAGGUCGGUCUGCAGAGUGUACAGGGAGAGCUGCAGCAGCUGCUGCUGCUCUGUAACUCUCCCACCUGUCAGCAGCUGGCCCGGCAGUACAACCUCUCUCAGCUGGCAGUGCAGAACGAGUUCAGACAGUGGCUCAGUCUCGAGCUUAUACCGAAGCUACCGGAUGUCACCCGUACAGCCCGUGAAAUCUCCGUGCUCAUUGAGAACGGCAUUGAACGGGAGGUUCGCUCCGGGAAGAGGUCCUUCGACGAACUGUCGGAUCGAAUUCAGGCGGAGGUGGCCGCAGUGGUACCUGAAGUGCGGAGGAGGAUUGUACAGGCUGGCGGUCAGCUGCGUGACAUCGCGGCCAACGUGUCGUCCGUGCUGGAUCAGGUCCGGCUGGACGACGCUCACAAGGCGCUGACGGAGGCCAAUGGAUACCUGGAACAGUUUGGACCGUUUAGAUACUACCUGUACCUGAUUCUGUCGUCGAUGGUGCUCAUCAUCACCUUCUGUCUGGUCAUGGGUCUGUUCUGUGGAUUCUGCGGACGCAGACCGGGAAAUGUGUACGGUGAUGAUACGUGCAACAAGGGAGCCGGAGCCAACUUCCUUCUCAGCGGCACCUUCUUCUUCUUCUUAUUCGGCUGGAUGGUGCUGCUCGUGGUUACCUGCAUGUUCCUGGUCGGAGGCCUGGCCCAGUUCUACCUGUGUCAGGGUCUGCGGGAGCCCGAGUCUCCGGCCAGUGGACUGGCUCUGCUGGAGGCGCUGCUGCCCCCCGAACAGCUGUUCCCAGAGCUGCAGAAGACCGGGUUCGAUCUGGCGGAUGUUAUCGGAAAAUGUCACCGGAACCAGACCAUCUACACGGUGCUGAACCUGGAGCCGCUGGUGGAUCUGGGGCAGCUGACACGCUACAAGGAGGAGCUGGGGAUCGACAGGCAGCUCGACUCGCUCAGGAGACAGAUUCAGGUGGACACUAACGUGGAGAUUCUAACGCCGCGGGCCAAAAAGCAGCUGUAUGAGCUGGCUGAGUCAGAUGUGGCCAAAAUCAACUACACUGCGUUCACACAGACGCUGGAGGACCGUAUCACGGCGGUAGACCUGGCGGAGAUGGCCGGCGCCCUGGAGGCGGCCGCUGGCCUGCUGCCGCCGGCCGAGCGUGGCGCCGCUAAUCGUCUGAGGAACCAGGCCACCGUACUGGGCGCCCAGCAGGAGGUGGUCGAUCAGAUGGCCGCCAUCGUGGUGACGCUGAGGAACGCCACCAUAUCUCUCCAAGAGCACGUGCGGUUUAACCGUACCAACGUCACUGAGGCGGUCAGGGAGCUGAUUGGUCAGGCCGAGUCUGCACAGCUGUAUCUGAGCACACGCGGCAGCGCAGAGGUCAUCCAGCUGGCCGACGAGUACGCCGCCGAGUUCCUGGCCCACCUGGACGGCUACACGGGCCGCGUGGAGGGCGCCUUCCGGCGGACCGUGGGACAGUGCGGACCGCUCAGUAACGUCUAUAACGCUACCGAUGUCACACUCUGCAGUAACGUCGUCUACCCGUUCAACGGCUACUGGGCGGCUCUGGGCUGGUGUAUUCUCAUCUUCAUCCCUUGUGUGGUGGUCAGCCUGGUACUGGCCUCACUCUACCGCAAGACGGAGCCCUACUCGGAGACGUUUGUCGACAAUGAAUAUCUUUACGACGCUUAUGGUGAACACGAUAAUAUUCCGCUAGCGAACGUUCGUGACCAGCGCGGCGCCAAGCGCAGCACAACAGCGGCCUCUGGUGGCGAGCGGCGGCGCACGGGCAACAUGUACGAAAACAACCGUUACCAUGGUUACAGUCCGGACUCACCGCCGUACACGUCUAUCCCGCCGAGGGGCCAGCAGUUCCGUCCGCUGGGCGCCAGCGGCGACCACGCGGAGGACACCGACCCCAAGGCGCCGCCCCUGUGGGACCUGAACGGCGGUCCGCCGGGGUACACGGACAACCCGGCCCCGGCCGGGUAUGAGCGGCCUCCGCCCUACUUCUACCCGGGACCCGGGCCGGAGCGCUCUUGAGCCCAGGCGGGAGCCGGCGACGCCGCUGCGUACCGUGGUGCCAUCUAGGAUCGGCCGGCGCAACUGCAGCUUCCGGCCGGUGACACGCCGCGCCUGGGGCGCUCGCAGUUUCGCCGUCUGACGACCGCCCGUGCCCCCGGGCGCGGCCAGUCACGUGUCUGUCACGUGACUGCCCCGACGCUGUGAUACGCCAUGGUUGAAGCGGACAGCGGGCGUUCUGAAACCAGUGCGAAAUGCGGAAGUUUAACCGUGUGUAAGCCGGGCUCCGGAAACCUUUUGGUGUCGUCUGGGCGGGGCCCGAUUUGGGUCUUGCCUGGCGCUCGGGGCCCGGGGGCGUUGGCAGUGGGUCCUUUUUGGGCCUUCGUGUGGGCAUAGGAUGGACCUUUGUGGCCAGAGGGAUCUGAGAAGGCCUCUCGUGCCGACGCCUGUUUUCGGCGAGUGAUGUGUGUGAUCUGAUGCGAUCAUGGAUCUGUUUAACUGGUACGUACCGGAGCUAUCCGGAUAUUCCAAUAUGGCGUCGGAUGGAGGCCAUGACCGUUCGUAUGUGUUUUGUAGAACCUGUUUAUAUGCGUUUUGACGGCUUUGAAGACAGUGCGACUGUACCAGAUGUGUCCCUGCCCAAGAUGGCGGCUCGUUUUAGGUUGUUUUAGCGGCGGUCUGUUUUGUUUUACUCCACGUUUCGCCGCCGUUGUGUGAAUGUUUGUGUGUUUGUGGAACCUCGUAUGCCGCGUUUGGUCAGUCUUCUCAGCAGUUGGCUGGAGUCAGCUCUUUGCGCCGUUCAUUGGCAUUCUCGCAAAUAUCGGCGCUUACAAAGUAAAGUGCCUGACCAUGGGUGGAAGCAUCGUCCCCGGCAAAGGCAUGUAUUUCUGAACAAACAAUUCUUGGCCACUUGACGAGUGCAGACCAAAACAUAAGCAGGUGUCCCGGAAAAGCUUGCACUGGUGAAGACGAAAUGUGCCCGGACUUAGUAGAUACGUCCCAUGGCGAUCAACAGCUGAUGGAAGAAGUAUGAGCAUUUCGUUGAUAUUGUAUUCGUAUUUACGUGAUCGUGCGAAAUGUGUGUUAUCCAUUGAGAAGUGACCGUGUUUUAUGUAGCGCUAAUAAACCAAGCGUGUUCUAA